GGUAUCUUCUUGCCUCAAUGGCAGACAGUGAUGAUGAAUACGACCGCAGGCGCAGGGACAAAUUCCGACGGGAGCGGAGCGACUAUGACCGCUCUCGCGAACGCGAUGACAGACGGCGAGAUGACUGGAGUGACAGGGAGUGGGAUAGGGGCCGAGAGCGCCGGAGCAGAGGAGAGUACCGUGAUUAUGACCGGAACCGACGAGAGAGGUUCUCUCCCCCUCGCCAUGAUCUGAGCCCUCCGCAGAAGCGUAUGCGGCGUGACUGGGAUGAGCACACAGCCGACCCUUAUCACAGUGGCUACGAGAUGCCCUAUAGUGGGGUCUCCACUGGCCCCACCUAUGGACCUCCCCAACCUUGGGCCCACCCUGAAAUGCACGUGACACAGCAUCACAUCUUGCCUAUCCAAGCCAGGCUGGGGAACAUCGCAGAGGUGGACCUGGGCAUUGCCCCGCCUGUCAUGAAGAGUUUCAAGGAGUUCCUCCUUUCCCUGGACGAUUCUGUUGACGAGACGGAAGCUGUAAAGCGCUACAACGACUACAAACUGGACUUCCGGCGCCAGCAGAUGCAAGACUUCUUCUUGGCCCACAAGGACGAAGAGUGGUUCCGGUCCAAGUAUCACCCAGACGAAGCCGGCAGGAGGAAGCAGGAAGCCCGCAACGGCCUCCAGAACCGGCUGAACGUCUUCCUGUAUCUCAUGGACAACGGCUGGUGUGAGAACUUGCAGCUGGACAUCGACAAAGCCAGCGCCAUCAUCAAAGUCCUGGAUGCUGCGGUCAUUAAGAUGGAAGGCGGGACAGAGACUGACCUGAAGAUCCUGGAUCAGGAGGAGGAGGAGGAGCGCCAGGAGAAGGCAGAGCCUGGGAAGAAGGAAGAUGGCCGGCCGCCAGACCCCGAGCGCAAAGGGGCCGAGAAAGACGACAAGGAGGAGACCAAGAAGGCGAGUGAUGAAGAGGUCACGGAAGACAAAGCCAAGAAGUCCUCGGAAGAGGAGGAGAAAAAGACAGAGAAGAAAGAGGAGCCGGACAAAGAAGCCAAGAAGACCAGCCACAAGCGGAAGCGGAAGCACAGCGGAGACGACAGCUACGACGAGGGCAGCGUCUCCGAGUCAGACACCGAGUCGGAGGGCCGGCACCCAGGAGAGGAGGACAAGGAGGAUGAGAAGCCCAAGGAAGAGAAGGCCAUCAAGGAAGGCGAGGAGUCCCCCAAGACCAAGGAGAAGGAGGGGGAGCCCAAGCCCCGCCCCUUGCACAAGACCUGCUCCCUCUUCAUGCGCAACAUCGCCCCCAACAUCUCCCAGGCUGAGAUCGUGGCGCUGUGCAAAAGGUACCCUGGCUUCAUGCGCGUGGCUCUCUCAGAUCCCCAGCCAGAAAGAAGGUUUUUCCGAAGAGGAUGGGUGACGUUUGAUCGAAGUGUCAACAUCAAGGAAAUCUGCUGGAACCUCCAGAACAUCAGGCUGCGGGAAUGCGAACUGAGCCCCGGGGUGAAUCGCGACCUCACUCGGCGCGUCCGCAACGUGAAUGGCAUCACACAGCACAAGCAGAUCUUGCGCAACGACAUCAAGCUGGCAGCCAAGCUGAUCCACACACUGGACGACCGGACCCAGCUGUGGGGGGCCGGGGAGCCCCGCCCUGCCGCUGAAGUCUCGAGCUUACCAUCCCAGAACCCAAUCCUCAAGAACAUCACGGACUAUCUGAUCGAGGAGGUGAGCGCGGAAGAGGAGGAACUGCUGGGCAAAAGCGGGGAGCCCUCAGAAGAGCCCCCCAAGGAAGGGAAUCCUGCAGAGAUCAACGUGGAGAGAGACGAGAAACUUGUCAAGGUGCUGGACAAGCUGCUCCUGUACCUCCGGAUCGUCCACUCUGUGGACUACUACAAUACCUCUGAAUACAUCAACGAGGACGAGAUGCCCAACCGCUGCGGGAUCAUCCAUGUACGGGGGCCCAUCCCCCCCAACCGUGUCACCCAUGGGGAAGUGGCCGAGUGGGAGAAGACUUUUGAGGAGAAACUGACUCCCUUGUUCAGCGUCCGGGAAUCCCUCUCGGAGGAAGAGGCCCAGAAGAUGGGCAAGAAGGACCCGGAGCAGGAGGUGGAGAAGUUUGUGACUGCCAACACCCAGGAGUUGGGCAAGGACAAGUGGCAGUGCCCGCUCAGCGGGAAGAAGUUCAAGGGCCCUGAGUUCGUGCGCAAGCACAUCUUCAACAAGCAUGCCGAGAAGAUCGAGGAGGUGAAGAAGGAGGUGGCAUUUUUCAACAACUUUCUGAUGGACGCCAAGAGGCCUGCGCUGCCUGAACUCAAGCCCAACCAGCCACCAGCCCUGGGACAGGGCCUGGCCCCAGGGUUGCCCUAUCCCCCCCAGGCCCCCCAAGGCUUGAUGCCCUACGGACAGCCCCGCCCACCCAUCCUGGGCUAUGCAGGGGCCCCUCCCUACCCGCCAGCCCCUUACGCAGCCACCAGGGGGAACUACGACACCUUUAGAGGGCAGGGUGGAUACCUGAACAAGCCGCGGAACAGGAUGGUUCGAAGAGACCCACGUGCAAUUGUGGAGUACAGAGACCUGGAUGCCCCAGAAGAUGUGGAUUUCUUCUAAGUGAGAAAACACCCCCACCCCC